AUGUUGGACAUCUUGACGUAUAAGAUCGUCUGUGCCAGAAAGGACUGGAAGUACACGAGGCAGUUUAUAACGGAUAGACAUGAUCACCAACGCCACAUAGCUGGUACUAGAAGAAGAGACGAGCAAGAAAUUUCAGAGAAACCCAAAAUCAUCAAGAAAAUAUUAAAAGACACGGAUGAUAAAAGGUUAAUCGUCAUCUUGGAGAAAGCAUCGUUAGAGACUGUAAAGGUUGGUCAGAAAUACGAGCUCCUUUGCUGCGAUAGACACAGUGGAGUAGGGAAGCGAAUUAAAAAAGAUAUCUCAACACGUCGGCCAGACAUUACUCACCAGUGCUUACUGAUGCUGAUGGAUUCACCACUCAACAGAGCAGGACUUCUGCAGGUUUAUGUUAGAACAGAGAAAAAUGUGCUGAUAGAGAUCAACCCACAGACUCGAAUUCCCCGGAUAUUUGACAGAUUUUGUGGGCUUAUGGUUCAGCUUUUGGAUAAGUUGAGCAUACGUGCCAGUGAUGGUCCACAGAAAUUGCUCAAGGUGAUCAAAAACCCAGUGAGUGACCACCUGACCACAGGCUGUCCCAAGUUUGCCAUGUCGUACAGUGCUGAUAAAGUCAUUGAUGUCAGGGACGUCGUGCCCAGGCAUGGGCCAGCUGUGUUUGUUAUAGGAGCUAUGGCGCAUGGCAGUGUGAGCCCUGACUAUACAGAGAGGUCCUUCUCCAUCAGCAACUAUCCUCUAUCAGCAGCAAUCACCUGUUCCAAGGUGUGUAGUGCUUUUGAGGAGGUCUGGGGUGUUAAAUAA